UAACAGUUUUGUCAUCUAUAUAAUCGCGUGUUCUACCGGUGUCAACAAUGUAACCAUAGUGAUACGAAUAUUGACAGUUUGACUGUUAACAAUUUAUAUUGAUGACUUCAUUUACGUUGGUUGAAAUUUUAAAAACUUUAUUAGUGCUAUUAGAGUUGUAAUUUUUAUCGACAAUAAUUUAGAGGUUAUCGUACAAAAUGGGAAAUGGAAUGAAUAAGGUGCUCCCGGGGCUUUACGUGGGGAAUUACAGGGAUUCAAAGGAUCCUCUUCAAUUAGAUAAAUAUAAGAUAACGCAUAUAUUGUCCAUCCACGACGCAGCCAGAAGAAUACACUCAGAUAAACAUUAUCUAUGCAUCAUGGCGUCGGAUUCUCCGGAUCAAAACUUAACUCAAUACUUCAGUCUCUGCAAUGACUUCAUACACGCAGCGAGACUUCGAGACGGCAAUGUUCUUAUACACUGUCUAGCUGGUAUGUCAAGAAGUGUCACCGUGGCAGUGGCAUAUAUAAUGUCUGUGACAACCCUGAACUGGAGGGAAGCGUUGAAGGUAGUUCGAGCUGGUCGUGCUGUUGCCAACCCUAACCUUGGCUUUCAGAGACAACUGCAAGACUUCGAGACAUAUAAACUAGUGGAGGAAAGACGACGAUUAAAAGAAAGGUACCCAUCUUUAGCAUUGGCUGACAGAGACAUGAUGGAGUGUCAAGUGAUGUUGACUUCAUAUCAGACGAUGUUGAACCAGAGAACUAUAUGUGAAGGAAAGUGCGCGAUGGGUCGCCAGUGUCCAACAGGUGUUUGCAGGACAGGUUCGAAGCGUCAGCCACGGCCGCGUCGUCCCUCCACUGGUUCCGUCGCUGGCGACUCCACAGGUCUCAGGCGAUCACCUUCUACACUUUCCACUGCUUCCACGGCAUCAGGCUACCGACCACGCUCUUCUCCGGCCGGACUUUAUAGCUAUACGGGCUCUCCGUCGCGGCCCAGUCGGUCUACGUCUGGUCUGAGUAUGACCCGCGUGACGGACCCCGUAGGCGGAGGGACGGCGGUGGCGGUCGGGGGGACAGAGUACUCCCGUCGGAGAGCUGCCUCAGCACCCGCCACACCAGCCCUAUCACCUGCCGCUUCACCACCUGGCUCGCCGCAUAGGACACCUAACAGGUCACGUGCCCUGCAACGCUGUUCAUAGCAUAGUUUUUACACCCGGUUUUCAUCCGCCCAUUCGACAUGUAGUUAUAUAGAGGAGUCCAAGUUAUGGUCCUAUGAAGAAGACAGAUGAACUAUUAAACGAACUAUUUAUGGUGUGACAUGGAAGUUGGACGAACUAAUGUUGGUGUUGUUAUAAACGAGUCCAUAUUGUUAUUCUUGUAAUGCCUUGCACUAUCGCUUCAAGCUACCAAUGACUUUUUGUGGUUAAGAUAAGCUAAAAUUUAAGAUAAAGAUAUAUCUUUUAAAAUGUUAUUUUUCUAGUGCAACUGGAAAUAAGGCUUGGGUUGAACGCCGGGAGCUUAUCCCAAAACGAUAAAUAAAUGUAUUGACGAAUAGUUUGUGCUACGCAUCAUAGUUGGUAUACUCAGUGCUUAAAUAUUUUAUACGUCUUUUGCUGUUACAGAACGCAUAACAACAGUCCAGGUUUAUUACUUUAGUGUGCAUGCCAAGCUACGUAUUACACUCGCGAUACGCAUGUCACUUUGUUUAAGGGUGCGCGCGACCAAAAUAGAGGUUUACAGUUACCCGCUAAUUUCUUCGACUUGUUCACAUGUCACAGUAUAUUCAGACGUAUAAAUUAAGUAAGAUUGAGUGCAAUCAGUCAAUGUACAACUGUGUUGCAUAAUACAUUGACCAUAGUUACGAUUGAUUUACAAUAUACUAGCACAUAGACGAACAAAGAGUUCAAGAGAGAAGAACAUCUUUAACGGAGAUACAGCAAGAUAGAAAAGGAUAGCGAAUUUAUUGUUAUAGUGACCGAUUUUGGUGGAAAGUCGUAAAAAGUCAGCCACGCCAUCCAUCAGCUCCUUAGUAUUUUGAAUCUUAACGCGCACAUCGACAAAUGAAAAUUGGUUACGCAUUAUCGAGCUGUCAGCUUGUCUAUUCGUUAGUAUAUUGUAAGUAUAUAAUAUAAUUUAAUUAUGUUCUUGAAUAUUCUUGAUUUGUUAAGUAUAUCUCGACUUGUUUAGGAGUUUUUUUUUGUUUCUUUAAUUUCGUUUGAACAUAGAAUUGUUGUUUUUAUUAUAACUACUAUUUCACACAUAUUUAAAUGGUAAUAAUGCAUUUAUAAAUAAGACCUUUGUAAAGUAACUUAAUUAUUACUGUAAUAUUGUAAUUACCACCGGUGAAUGAAAUACCAUAUUUCUGACUGCUGGCAGUGCUAUAGUUAUAUAAGUAAAAAUAAGUGAAUAAGCUCUAGUAAUAAAUACAUAAAUACAUACACAAGAAGUAGCUCUUACUACCUACUAUGCUGAUGAAAGUAUUCCUGAAGAAGUACAGUAGAACCCGAUUAAUAAGAUUUCUAGCAUAAUACGCCAUUUAUACGCCAUUUUACAUUUUUUUUGACAUACUGGUGUAAGACAUUGACUAUUUGACGUUUGAGUGUGUUUGUUGUAUCAUUUUACAUAUUAUAUUGUAGUUGAAAUGAUUUGUAAAUCGUUGUAAAUGUAAAUUUUGAUAUAAAAGAGUGGCAAUGAGUUUCUUGCGACUUCUUCUCAUUAGCUCAACCCUUUACGAAGUAGUGGUAGAUUCAAUAAGAAAAAUAUUUUAUUUUUUUUGACAUAAGUCUCAUUUCCGUGACCUACGUGAAUAAACUGAUUUUGAUUUGAUUUGAUUUGAUUACAGUCAACUUAAGACAUGUUUACGAUUCCUUCAUCCCGUUUAAUACUCUAACAACUUAUCGAGAAUGUGAAUAACACACAAAAAGGAGGCCUAAGUGAGAAUGAUAAAAGCGAAGAGGAGUCAACUCCUAUUUUAAUCAAUCGUCCAGAUAUUAUCAGCUGUUAAAGGCAUAAAGGCAUUUAUUUUCUCAAAAUUGAUACCUUAAGAAUUCUUUUUGAUGUCAUUUCUAAUAACUACUAGAUACUAUUACCGCUUCGGAAACAAAUGGCGCUCUGAGAGAGAAGAAGCGGCGCAAGAAACUCUCC